GACUUUUAUCAGUUAUCCUUUUGCCCUCGUCCUGUGAACUUCGUCGCGCUGCGAAUUUUCUUAAAAAUGUUUCAAAAUUUCCCACCUCCAGUCUGAGUGCGUAGUUACUGAGUGUGUGUGUGUGUGCGGGAGGGCGCCAAGUUUUCGGUGAGACUCUAACACCACCAACCCAAAAAAAAAACCCAGCAAGGACAACAGUAAACUGAGACAUUGAGCAACAAAAAAAAUAAGGGGGAAAGGACAACACAAACAGGCGAGCAAAUAAACAAACAGGAAGAGCCUGCGGCGGGCGAAAGUUGACACAAAACCGCAAUCAAAAAUAGUAAACAAACUCUGCAAAAUUGAUAAAAUCCCACAAAGGACGACGCCGAGGACGGGUAGGCAACCAAUUUGCUGCUAGCCAACAUGGAAAUGGACGUUAAUCGCCCGCCAGGCCGCCAUGGCAACCUAAUGACCAUAUCCGCCCGCUGUUCCAACAACAAUGCAUCCACGGCAACAGCAACAGCAACAGCAGCCACGGCAACAACCGGAAGUGAGGCAACUUCCUCGGCGGCGCCGCCGAGCGGCUGUUGUGGCAUCUUGAGUCGCCUCUUUUGUGUUAGCCGUCACAAAGCCACGCAAUCGGUGGCGGGUAGCGAGUACAACAGCAGCGAUCCCUUCUCCCAGCUGCAACUGCAACGCAAAGGUGGCACCACCACGGCAUGUUCCGGACAGCGACGGCGACGCACGCCGCAGGAAAUCUACUUUGAGAGCCGCGGCAAGUCCUGCAAGAAGCUAUUGAAAUUCAAUGGCAAUUCCAACAAGAUACUGCUGUAUCCCGAGGAGGGAUGGGCGCGGACCGCCUCCUCCAGCUACUGGACCAUCACGCCCUGCUGGUGGCAGCCGAAUCGGUGUCGCAUCGUCGAGUGCUCCGGGACCCAGCGACGUGCCACCAAGGCCCGAAUGCUGCCGCUCGAGCAGCAAGGCUCGCUCCUGAUUGCCGGUCACUUUCGCAGGACAACGCCAGGAGGAGGCUGUGGCGAGGGCCGCAGCAGCGGCUGUGGUGCAGGAGGUUCCGGCACAGUGGCUGCCACUCCAUCCCUGCCAGCAACACCUGCGGCAACAGCAACAAAUGCCAGAGCUGCAACAGCGGCGGCAACCGGAGGAGCUGCAACACAGAGAGGGACCUCCGACAAGUCACCGCCCGCGGGGAACGACGAGUUCAAGCUGUAUCUGACAUCCAACAUCUCGAUGGAGGACUACAACAUGGGCUACUGCCUGACGGGAUUCGUGGAGCGUCGCUGCCAGGUGACAAACACCUUCCAGAUGACUCACUUUGCCGUCAUCAAGCGCCAGUGGCCGCCCUCGCCGUCCAACCUAAGCAACAACUAGGGCUCCCCUUAUAAGAAAUUGGUAAUUGUGAUCCAAAAGUAUGAUUUAAUAAACAGGUUAUGGUUUUUAAAUUAAUUUUCAAAACGGGAUUUUAAAUAUAUCCUUUGAUGAUUUAUCUCAAAUCCCCCGAAAUACACUCGAAAAGACAUCCCAUAACCUGUUAGAUCUACAGAAUCUUAAGUUUUUAGAAAUUAAGUAGAACGUUCUCGUGCAAUCUCUCGAUAAAAUCAAAAUCUAAAAACAAAAAUAGGAAAUGUAACAUAAAAACCUUAGAAAACUAAAGGAUUAAUUUUUGAAGUAUUAGACCCCCGCCCAGUUUCUAACAAAUUUCCAUGCAUGUUUAGUGCGUAAAUUGUAAUUUUAACUAAACGUUCGAGAGGAAUAAAAAACAAAAAUAAAAAAAAGAAAUAAAAACUUUACGUGUGCUUUCAGUGUUGUGUAACUAAAUAAAAAAAAAAACUAACAAACAGCAAAAAAAUAAGAGUAACAACCGAAAGGAGAAAAAAAACUAGUAACUGUUAAAUGCUAAAUGCAAGUAAACCGCUUUGCCAACUCACACACACAAACACACACACAUCUCAUACACCCCACACACACACACAUACUGGCAUUUACAAGCCCACUCACACACUCGCACACUUAAGCUUGGGCAGCUACUUAAUGCUUCAAAAAAGUGCAACAAAUUGAAACUUGUGCUUCUCGAAGCAUGUGAUUGUAAGUGCACUAAAAGGCUGUAUAUGUGUGUGGGUGUAUGAGUGUGUGUGUGUGGGUGUAUGUAUGUGAGUUGGCUCUCUUUUCUACUACAAAUAUGUACUUUAAUGGCCAUGUUUGCGGAACCUAUUGCCUUUAAGCUUUAAAAUAUAAGCGCAACUCGUGCAGGCAAACAAGUCAACAGCCUUCGGCAAAAGGGUACUUUCACUAAGCAAUUAAUUAUAUUUUCGGAAAUUAUUAAAUUUUAAAAUUAACUUCAAUAUUGAAACUUUAA